GUGGGAACGGUUCCUCUGCUCCUCGACACCGCCCGCCCGAUGCCCCGGUCAUUUUCCUCAUCGCUCAUUUCGAUUCCAACGCCACCCAAUUGUGCCCCUCCUAUCGUCGAAGAAUUGAUCACUACGAGCAUCCGUAGAAGAGGAACCGCGAUCAUGUAGGUAUUGUUUUCUCGAUUUGAUUCAUUCCUGUUGCUCUCCGUAAGAGAAGAAUUUGGCGUGAUCGGAACCUACUCGGUUGUCCUGGUAGUAAUUGUUGCUGCUAAUCUUGUUCCUCGGAUUAUGUCGGGGGGUUCCUUUCUUUGCGCCUUCUUUGAAUGAUUUUGACGUGUACGUCUAGUCUCACUGCAGCGCACUUGUGGAUCGUGGCUCACGGCGGAUCGAGCUCUAUGUUUAGAUUAUAAAAGCACGCUGUCGCAAGAUCCCUUUAUUCAUGAGUGAACUUUCCUGAUCAAGGCACACACAGGUUGAUAAUCAGCGCAGAAGCAGAACCAUUUGAUUAAUUUAUUGAGUUUUUAUUUUCCAGCAGUGGCUGGUGAACUUCUUGUUUGUACUGUGGCGCUCAAGUCAAAUGGGAAACUGCAUAAGAAAGAAUGUGAGAAAUAGUGGCAAUGAAGAUGAGGUAGAUUUUCGAGGUGGAAAUGUGCAUGUAAUAACCAGCAAAAGUGACUGGGAACAGAAGAUUGCAGAAGCAAACAAGGAUGGCAGGAUAGUUGUGGCAAACUUCAGUGCAACUUGGUGCAGUCCAUGCAGGACGGUUGCACCUGUUUACAGGGAGCUAUCUGAAAAGUAUCCUUCACUGAUAUUCGUGACAAUAGAUGUGGAUAAUUUGAUGGAUUUUUGUUUGUCGUGGGACAUCUCAGCAACCCCCACAUUCUUCUUUCUGAAAGAUGGGCAGCAGCUGGAUAAGCUCAUCGGUGCCAAUGGGCCUGAGCUUGAGCAUAAGAUACGCUUGCUGGAUCAAUCAUGCCAAGCUCCAACUGAUGCUACUCUCCCGCUACGAUGAAGAAAGGGAGGGAGGUCAGGAAACGAUAUGGAUGUAGUUGCAUUACCAGUGAGUUAGCAUAGUAAAGCAUGAUCUUAAGUGAGCAAUAUUUUGACAAGGGACAAGAUUUGAAGAGGCCAAGUCAGUGUAGAGCUUGGCGAUCAAUUCCUUCUAAAAGCAAGUUAUCUUUGUGAUGUGGGAUUCCAUGCGGCAAUGUAUUUAGCAGGUUUUGCUUGUCAACAAGUGGAUCAAAGCGUUUAAUAGUGUAAAUAAAUCAUUUGCAACAUGUAUAUAUUGCAACUAGACUCGUAUACGCUGCGAGUAGAAUUGCGAUAUGAAAUAUCUCUCUUUGUUC